AUGGUUCAACUGGCUAUACGCGGCUGUCGGCUGCUUACUACUGCAGCGCGAUCGCUGCGGGUUUACGGGGCCACCCAAACGCGUAUUAUAGGACGAAUCCCGGCGAGGCCCUUGCCAAGCUCGCGGAGAACGUUUGUUUCUCAACGGGAAGGGGGUAUUGAUGAAGUGGAGGACGCGUACCUGCCUCAGGGACCGAAAGACACGCUACUGAUGCUAGGAUAUUCCGUCAAGGAGGACCAGAUUGAGGGACAUGUACAGGUCCUCAAAGAGACGUUGAAGCUCAAAAUGAUGACGCUACCGUACUACUCCGAAGACAUGGCGCAGAGUUUCACUGACCUCGCCAUGGCACAGCACCAAUCGGUCCAGUUCAUCAACGAGGCCAAGACCAACUACCUCAAGGCGCUCGAAAUUUGGACCAAAAUCUGCGGGCAGGAAUCGAGGGAGGUUGCCAACGUCCUGUGCCUCAUCGGCGUGGUGUUGAGAGAUAUCGGCGACAUCGAUGCCGCCAACAAACAAAUUGGAUCGGUUGAAAGCCAGUUGUCGAGUGUAUUUGCGCUAAACAACCUCGCUGGAAUUGAACACAUCAAGGGCAACAUGGCAGAGGCCACGGAGCUCUACGAGGAGGCUGCUAGAAUCAUGCUUACCGCAACAGGGGGAGAUCCCAAUCACCGUAUGAUAGCGUUACUGUACUACAACAUAGCAUGCUCAAGCGCCGCCAUGGGAGACCGCGUCGCUGCGGAGACCGCACUGCGCAGGGUAAGGGCGUUGCCUGCUUGA